GAACUCGGCUCGUAUCGAACUCGCUGAGUCUAAAAGAUUGGUUCGUUCGUUUUGAGUCACCACUAGCUAGCACUGCCCGUCCAAACAGCAGUUCACUACCACCGACUCGACUUCUUGAAGGUUUCCAUGGCGUUGGUUUGAUGGGGUCCAAGCGGGCGACACAGUGGUGGUCGAAGGACUUGCAGUCUUAGAGGUGCUUGCGCGUGGAAUGUUGCGCUGGUCGGUGCACCUAGAAGGAGGGCCGCGGAGAGUCAACCAUGCUGCUGUGGCUGUGGGGCACAAAGUGUACUCCUUUGGAGGCUACUGCUCUGGGGAGGACUAUGAGACACUCCGUCAGAUUGAUGUGCAUGUCUUCAACACAGUGUCUUUGCGCUGGAUGAAGUUACCUCCAGUGAGGACGGGAGGACAGGAGCGAGCCUGGGAAGUGCCGUAUAUGCGUUACGGCCACACAGCUGUGCUGCUGGAUGAUACAAUCUACCUCUGGGGUGGGCGCAAUGACACAGAGGGGGCCUGCAAUGUACUCUAUGCCUUUGAUGUCAACACCCACAGAUGGUUCACACCCAAGAUUUCGGGGACUGUUCCAGGGGCAAGGGAUGGACACUCAGCCUGUGUCCUGCGGAAGGCAAUGUAUAUAUUUGGAGGAUAUGAACAGCUGGCCGACUGUUUUUCCAACGACAUCCACAGGCUGGACACCACCUCCAUGGUUUGGUCAUUAAUCAAUGCCAGGGGCACUCCUGCACGCUGGAGAGACUUCCACUCAGCCACCAUCAUCGGGACAAAGAUGUUUGUAUUCGGGGGUCGAGCUGACCGAUUUGGUCCUUUCCACUCCAACAAUGAGAUCUACUGCAACAAGAUCAAAGUGUUUGACACGGAGACCAACUGCUGGAUGAGCACCCCUUCAACACAGCCUUUGCCAGAGGGACGCAGGAGUCAUUCAGCCUUUUGCUACAAUGGAGAGCUUUACAUAUUUGGAGGCUAUAAUGCUCGCCUGGACCAGCACUUCAACGACCUCUGGAAAUUCAGUCCAGAAGCUUUUUGCUGGAAGAAGGUUGAACCGAGCGGGAAAGGCCCGUGUCCCCGGAGACGGCAGUGCUGUUGUAUGGUGGGAGAUCGGAUCAUCCUCUUUGGAGGAACGAGUCCAUGUCCAGAGCAAGGAAUGGGAGAUGAAUUUAAUCUCAUGGAUCAUUCUGACCUGUAUAUCUUAGACUUCAGCCCUAAUUUGAAGACAUUAUGCAAAAUAGCUGUUAUUCAGUACAGUCUGGAGCAGUCGGGACUCCCACAUGAUAUCAGGUGGGAAUUGGCAGCCAUGACCACCAACAGCAACAUCAGCAGGCCCAUCUUCUCCUCCCAUGGCUGAUGCUACUGAAUGUCAAACAGGACACUGGGCUUUCCCAACUGAGUCUGGGAUUGAUUUUUUUUUUUUUUUUUUUUUUUAGAGUUGUAUUGGAUUUAUUGUUCAAAUGAAAGUCAUUACUGACCAAAAUAUCCCGUCUAUGACUUCCGUGGACACCACAAGAUUUUUUCAUGUCCUGGGAUAUUUUAACCUUUACAGACAAUGAUUAUGCGAGACAGGAAUUACCGACACCUGUUGACCCCUUUCUCUUCUUUCUAGCCUCUCUAGGAAUCCAAUCAGCCUAUGAUAAUCAUAGACUUCAAAUCUUAAGCACAGGAAGAGACAUGAACUUCAGCCAAAGGUCUUGAACGCUAGCCUCUUUGUUGAGGAUGUUGAACUCAGCAGAGUUCCCCGAAGAAACAAAUGUGAACCUUCUGCUCCAGGUGUGAAGAGGAUGAGAUGGUCAUGAUUUUGCACAACCCACAUUCCAAAAAAAACAAAAAACGUUGCGACUUUGUGUAAAACAGAAACAACUGCAGAAUUCAAUGACUUACUUUUUCGCCCAUAAAAAAGUUCAAUACAAUCAAGAUAUUUAAUGUUCAUUUUCAAAAGCGUUAUUGUUUUGUGCAAAUAUGUGCUCUUUCUGAUCUUGAUGCCUGCAACACGUUAAGAAUAACUGAGAAUAUCAUUGCGCUUGAUUUACGUCACCUUUUAAAGAUGUUUUUAAAUGUCGCUCUGCAUUUGGCAAAAGAGGAAACUAAUUGUUGAUGUUUUGAAAGGGAAUUAUUUCCCUUUCUAGCUUGAAAUUUGAUUUCAGUGAUUCCAAGGUCUCUUACUGUCUUCAUAAUUUGUGCUUUAUAAUGCACCAAACAUUUACAGGUCUAGAUAGCAGUCUUGUUUCCUCUUUCUCUUACAAAACAUUUCUCACAGGAAUAUCCUGUCUUUUAACUUUGCAAAGUAAAUCCCAACAACAUGCCUGUGAUUUCCAUAAACAAUUGAACAGACCAUAGAACAGUCUUCCAUGUUUAUGCAGUCCAGCUUAGAUGGUAGAGUCUUGACAUGUAUUGCAGUCACAAACCAUGUUUAUUGACUAUUGUGACAUGUUCUCAAACCCAUGUCCCCUUUGCUUUUAAUGAUUUAUUUUUCGAGGAUUCCUCUUGAUCAUGAUUCUAUCACUUUACCUUUUUACCCGUGGGAAAAUUCCAGUCUGUUGUUUUUUGAGCAACAUCCACAAUUUUCUCAGUAUUUUGUUGCCCUUAUUCCAAAAUAUCGCAGGUGCCAAGUUACUUUCUCAGUAAUCUUGAUUUGAACAUUAAAUAUCUUGUCAUUGUACUGCUUUGAAUUGAAUUUGGGUCAAAAAAGGAUUUUCAGAUGACAGCAUUUUGUUUUUAUUUAUGAGUCUCAACUUGUUGGAAUUGCGGUUGUUCCUCCUGAAGUUCUCAUUUGGUCCUGAAACCACCACCAUGUCUGUCUAUGAUAGGUCUUUAUGCAACUAUUGUGCACAGUAUAUGGAAAAGACUACCAUUACUACAUUGGGGUUAUUGCAAAGAGAGAAUAUUGGGUACCACAGUGUUGUGGUAUUACACUUGUGAGAGGUUCUCUUUGAUUGGUUUUAAUGUUUGGCGCUCUCUUCUUCGACCCGCUGCACUCUCUCCCACUUUGAGAGUCUUUUUUAAAGUGACUUGCAAGACGACGGCUAUCAGUCUUGUACAAUAAUCGAGUCCAUCUACCUCCCACAGUAGAUAGCAUGAGUCAUUGAGUCUUUUAAACAACUUCCCACACAUGGAACAUCUUCAGUACUUUUCCCCCCAGAAAAAAAAGCUUCCUCACAGGGAAGUGUGUAUUUGUGCACCAUACUUUAUUUUUUAGUGCCAAAUGUGGAAGGGAAUCUCGACCUGCUUCAGUUCGCCUGUUGUGUUCAGGGAGCUCAACACACUAAUAUGCAUAAUGUAACUGUUCCUCUUAUAGACAAUCCUACAGCGAGAGAGAGACUCUCCACAUGACUUGCGUCUUCAGAGUACAGACGAUUAAAAAAAAAAAAAAAAAAAAACAGUACAGUGUGCUUAUGUGUUUACACCUGUACGAAUACAAGCAAAGUUUCACCCUGGCAGAUGUUGUAAAUGCAUAAGGGCUGUUUCUACACGACACACGCACCACACUGCUUGAGAAUGAAUUUGGAGUAGCUCAAAUUGGGGAAGUUAUUCAAGUUUAUUUUUAUUGAAUGGAUACAACUUGUGAAUUUUAGAACAAAAUCUUUUUAAUAAGGAGUGGUGGUGGUGGUGGUCUGUUUUUUAUAUAUAUAAUGUUAUCUCUGCCCACUUUAACUUAAAGGAUAAGUUUGAUUGUGUUUAAUAUUUUUUUUAAUUCUGUCAACAACAAUACUAGGCAUGGUAGCUUUUAACAACUGCCACUCAAACAGGAGUAGAGAGGAUUAGCGUGGAGCUGUUUUCAGCCGUGACUUCCAGGUACUUGGUGCAUUCAGGAUCGAGACGAUUGAGAAGGUUGAUAGUAUCGUCAGUCUUAUCCUUUAAACCUUACGUAUAAGAAUAUUAAGUAAUAAUCCCAUGAGGAUGAAGCAGAUUUUGCUGGAGAGGGAUAUACACACAGGAUACAUGUUAACAUAUUAAUGCUGCCUUUUUAUUUAGGCUUUUUCACCACAGAUUUAAGUUGUAUCUGGUUGUUGUGAACAGUACAAAGCCCUAACCUAUGGAAAACUAACUUGUGAAUAGGAGCUGUGUUACCACACACUUGUGAGCCGCGUCGGUGCUUUUCACUCCUGGUCUUUGGGACAGAGUGCGCUGCUGUUUUCUUUCCUGCCAGAUGGUUAAAUCGAGUCUGUUAUCAGUCUGUUCCCUGAUUGGCUCGCUAGAAUUUUGACUGGGGUCCCAAACGUCAGGACUGAAUGACACUGACUUUAAUUAUAAUUGUUUACAAAUCUGUGUAUUUCAUGUGAAGCAGUCUAAAACAAUCCUACAUGCAGGUUGUAGUUGCCAGGUAACUGCACUUAAGCCAAACGUGGCAUGUCGGGCCUUACUGAGGGAAGACAUGCCGAUGCUGCUUUUUGCCUAAGUAGACUCCGGAGUUUGAGACAUUUGCCUGCCCAGACCAUGUCUGAACUGUAUUUAACAGACCGGUGGUGCCAAUGUGACUCGGAGAGUCUUGUGCUUUCUGCACUGCACAUACACACGGACAUAUCACACACUUGAAAAAUCCUCAGUACCCUAGUCUCACGGACUAUACAACAGGUAAUGCAGUAAAACCACAGGGAAGUUUAUUGUGUGUUCAGACACACACACGUAUAUUUUGCGCAUUACACACACAAAAAAAAAGAAGAAAUCGGCGAACAAAUCAAACAGUUUGACACCAAAUGGUGAAACUGAUAUGUGUUUAUUUUUGAUGUGUGGUGUGAGAGUCAUUUUUAUUUCAGGAUAUUGGUCUCUUUGUUGCUUGAAGAUACUGGGUGAUGGUAUUUUAAGUCAAUAACUUUUCAGGAAUAUGAUAUGAAGUAAAUGACAAUGUAGACACUUUGGUCAAAAAUAAAAUACCUGCAUUAAACUUC